UGGACUAAGAAUUCAAACUUCUUUUUUUUUUGAAAAAAGGGCCAAGAAUCCAAACUUUCGUCGACAAAACAGAGUACCAAGGGGCACAUCACAAUGUCAAGGCAAAUUAAAUUGGCCUUUCUCAUCUACUAAAUAAAUAGUUUAUUAAAUAAACUUUAUUGGGUCACUAAAUGAACUCCAAAUCAUUAAAACAAUAUCGAAGUAUCUAACUUUCAAUCUCAAGUGCUGCUGCUAGAUACAAAAGCCACUUAAUAGACACCCAAAACAAUUCGACCCCUUUUACAUAUGCUUUUAUUUAAUUAAAAUUUAUCUUUCUUGACCUAUAAUAUAAGAGCAACUCCAAUGAUAGUUUCCCCAUUGUUUUAAAAACUUUCGGUUAAAUUUUCUGUAAUACUAAAAUAUUUAUAAUUAAAUACUAUUAUUUAUAUCUAUAUAUACAUAUAUGUAUUUUUAAAAUUUCAAGAGAAAAAAUCCCAUUGAACAUGCUCUAAGCUUCUAUAGUGAUAUCUAGAUUAACUUUUAAUAAAGUCAAAGGACAAACUGCAAUCAUAACCUCACAAAAUAGUAAAAAAUAAUCUCUAGAGCCUUAUAUAUACUUCUUCCAUGUUGUUAAAACCUUGAGAUUAAGACAGAGUAUCAGUAUUGGGCGUCUUUAUGGGCGUCCUUAUUAAUUUUGGCCCAAAAAAGAAAACGUAAAAGGGAGUAAUUUGUUAAGGAUUGUGUCCGAAAGUCCCAGAAUAAGAAGUUUGUGGGCUCGUCAUGGGCUCGCCCUUCGUCAGACGUGGAGAAAUAACAAUAUAAAACUCUAAGGACCACCAAAUAAGUCCCAUUGAUAAUCAUGCUCUUAUAUAUACUUCUUCCAUGUUGUUAAAACCUUGAGAUUAAGACAACUAAUAAUCUGUAUACUACUUUGUUAUAUAGAUAAUAAGGAUUAUAUGUAUAUAGUUUACCUUAUUUCCUCUUCUGGUUUGAUUUGUGGGAUGCUGCUGAAUAUUUUACUGACGCGCGAGCGAGAUAGUGCAAUUGAAACUAUUGGGACCUGCCAAAAGGAAAUAUAAGAAAGCGUUCUUAUUGCAACACACAAAAAGACAAAGAAAAGGCAGCAUUAGUGGGGGUGUUGCAUCAGUCGCCUAUUAACGCGCGAUCAUUUCCUUUUUUAUAUAUUCGCUAAUGGCUUGAUGGCAUCAUAAAACAAGAGACCCCACAUUAUCAUCAGCAUCAUCGCCUAUUGACGAUCAUUUCCUUUAUAAAUAUUCUUCUCUAAUGGCUUGAUGGCAUCAUAAACCCCACAUUAUCUCCAACAUAAUAUCGCUCACCAUAUGGACGGUAAAGAUUAUAAAAACAAAUCAUUGGAGAGUUUUAAUAAUGUGAGUGUUAUACCGCGUAGACACAACAACAGUGUUCAAGUUGGCUUAUAUAAAUAUUGGUCAAGAGUAUGCCAUAUAGAUUCCCAUAAAACAAGACUGAGAAGUAACUUUUCUAUACACAGAGAGAGAAGAAAGAUAGAGAACGAGAGAUGAAGAAUGUUCAAGCUGAAUACCGUAAAGGACCGUGGACAGAACAAGAGGACAUCCUCUUGGUCAACUUUGUCCACAUGUUCGGAGAUCGAAGAUGGGAUUUUGUAGCGAAAGUUUCAGGUUUGAAGGUGGAGGGAGAAACAUAGGAAUAGGUAUAGGGCUUGUGUUUGGAAAAAUGGUUGGUCUUUGCAAAGGACCUUCCAUUAAAAGAUAUGACCUGGUUUUGGUUGUAGGUUUAAAUAGAACAGGAAAGAGUUGCAGGUUAAGGUGGGUUAAUUACCUACAUCCUGGUCUUAAACGUGGUAAGAUGACUCCUGAAGAAGAGCGUCUUGUCCUUGAGCUUCACGCCAAAUGGGGAAACAGGUGGUCGAAAAUAGCCCGGAAAUUACCGGGUCGUACCGAUAAUGAGAUAAAGAAUUAUUGGAGGACUCAUAUGAGGAAGAUAGCACAAGAGAAGAAGAGACCUAUGUCGCCAACUUCAUCAUCUUCAAACUUCUGCUCAUCAUCUAUGACCACCGCAACUACUCAAGACACUGGAGGAUCCAAAGGGAAAAUGAAUCACGACGGAUACUACUCUAUGGAUGACAUAUGGAGAGAGAUUGAUCAGUCUGGAGAAAGCAUUACCAAACCGGUGAAAGACAUCUACUACUCAGAGCAAAGCUGCUACUUGAACUUCCCUCCUCUGGCUUCUCCAGCAUGGGAAAGCUCCUUGGAGUCUAUAUGGAAUAUGGAUGCAGAUGAAAGUAAGAUAUCUUCUUUUGCCAUUGAUCAGUUUCCUCUCACUUUUGAACAUGGUAGAUCUUCGUGGUCGUCUUUAGUCUAGGAUUUGUAACACUUUAAUGUUUAUAUGUGCAGCCUAUAUAUAUUAUCAAACGACUGUUGUAAUUUUCCAUGACUUACAUAAGCAAACACCACCCACUGUACUAAUAUCAUGUGUAGUCAUCAUCAUCAUCAUCCUAUGUCGUUUCCUUCAUAUAUGUUAGUUUGUAGAGUGCGUGAAAAAAAUCAUAUACAUCUCUUAUUCUUACAGAGAUGCCUUUGUAUUGGAUACUAAUGUAUAAUACAAGUCAGGACUCUAUUUCCAAAA